AUGAACAUUGAGCAUCCCACUAACCAUUUCCUUGCGUCUGUCAAAUUCUCGCUCUACGACAGCGAGGCGAUAAAGCGGAUCUCGGUCAAGGCAAUCACAAAUACAGUAUUGCUUGAUGCCAGUGAGCGUCCUACAUCUGGUGGGCUCUACGAUAUAGCUUUGGGUCCUUACUCUAAAACAGACCGAUGCGCCACUUGCAGGAUGAACCAUUUUCAAUGUCCAGGACACUUUGGUCACAUUGAGCUUGCAGUUCCUGUUUUCAAUCCUCUGCUUUUUCAGUCUUUGGUUAAGCUUUAUCGAGCAUCGUGCGUGUUUUGCAACCGUCUUCGCUUCAGCGAUGCCAAGAUUGCAUCGUGGACGGUCAAGCUGCGACUGUUAGCGCGUGGGCUACUCUUCGAAGCAAAGCAUGUGGAUCAGGUUAUUUCAAAAUGGGCUGCAGGAGGCGAAGGCAGCGAUAAAAGUCCUAUGCAUCGACAUGCGGAAGAUUUUGCCGAGGUCUUGGAUGCCUACUACGAGCGGGUACUCGCCAAGAUGGAUGAGGAUGUAAACUCUCAGACAGCUCCACACUCUGGACUCGUCGAAUCUUAUCGCCGAGAAAUCAUUGAAGAAGGUCUUUUUGGAAAGACUGCCUCGCUGCUCUGUGAGCACUGUCACGCCUAUAACCCGGCAAUACAAGUCGCUUCUGGAAAGAUAUUUGAAGUGCCACUUGCCGCAAAGUAUACUUCUCUCAAUGCCGCCAGAGGGCUAAAGCCAGAUGCUACAACCUUCCACAACAAUGGGUCCCGCUCUGACACUAAAAGACCGCUUCCAGAGGAACAAGAAGAGUCCACUCCCUCUGAAAGUGAAAUCGCUGAAGAAUCAAACGAGGACACUCAAGUACCGCGCUCUUACAAGUUUCUCACACCAAUGCUUGUGAUGGAACGUAUGCGCAAGCUUUGGGCCAACGAUGUCAAUGCUGGACUCUUUCCUCUUGUCUUUAGCGGAAAUAUCUUGCCUUCUAAGGCAUCACAUUUGUCAUCUCAAGAGCAUCGGAUAUUUUUUGUAGAAAUGAUUCCAGUUCCUCCGACACGUUUUAGACCGCCUUCUAUACUGAAUGGACGUGUUUUUGAGAAUGCACAAAACAGCUACCUGACGGCAAUUCUGAAGGCCUCAAACCAGAUCGUGGCCAUUCGGGAACAACAUUUGGAAACAAGCGAAACUUUAAAAGCACCGGGAGCCGUCCCUGGUGCUGCUGAUGCUGAGGCUUUUUCACGCAUCGUAACAGCAUGGAUUGGGCUACAAGAGCAAGUCAACUUUCUUUAUGAUUCAUCUAAGCUCGACGUCAAGGGAGGCAAGAUUGCACCACCAGGCAUCAAACAACUGCUUGAAAAGAAAGAGGGACUCUUUCGUAAACACAUGAUGGGCAAGCGUGUCAACUAUGCGGCGCGUAGUGUCAUCUCACCUGAUGUCAUGAUUGAGACUGGCGAAAUUGGGCUUCCUCUAGUCUUUGCCACACGUUUGACAUAUCCAGAGCCCGUAGCCCCAUACAAUGUUCUGAGGCUACGCCAAGCAGUGAUAAAUGGACCGGCGACGCACCCUGGUGCCACACACAUUCAGCAUGAAGAUGGCACGCUGUCUAAUCUGGCUCUAUUGAGUGUGGAAGCACGGACAGCAUUAGCAAAUAGGCUUUUGGCUGCUCCUGCGACACAAUCUACCCAAGGAGUCACCACCGCUGUUAACAAACGUGUCUGGCGCCACGUUCGCAAUGGGGACGCACUUCUUCUUAACAGACAACCAACACUACACAAACCAUCUAUUAUGGCUCAUCGCUGCCGCGUGCUACCCGGGGAAAAGACGAUUCGCAUGCACUAUGCAAACUGUAACACCUACAAUGCAGAUUUUGAUGGCGAUGAAAUGAAUGUCCACUUUCCGCAAUCUGAGCUUGGGCGGGCAGAGGCUUAUCUGAUCGCCAACGCAGAUUCACAGUAUUUGGUCCCGACAGAUGGUUCGCCGCUACGUGGUCUCAUUCAGGACCAUAUUGUUGCUGCCGCAAUGCUGACGUUGCGUGAUACACUUCUUAACCACGAAAUUUACAUGCAUUUGGUAGCCGGGGCAUUGUUGGCAGAGAGCUCUGGUGUACGACUGCUGCCACCAACCAUUUGGAAGCCACAGCCUCGUUGGACAGGAAAGGAUGUGCUCUCGACGCUUCUUAUUAAUAUUGUGCCACGCGGGGCAUCGCUUUUUCUCUCCUCGCGGACAAAGCUGCCAUCGCGGCUACUAGGCGGCACCGCUGGCGAAGAGGAAGCUACUGUCGAGAUUUUCGACUCACUGUUGCUGACAGGAAUCAUCGAUAAGGCACAAAUUGGCGAUGCGCCUCACGGUCUCGUACACGCGCUUUAUGAAUUACACGGAGGCUCUACCUGUGGCGCCCUGCUUAGCGCACUUUCGCGAUUGUUGACGCGCUUUUUACAAUGGCGCGGCUUCAGCUGCCGCAUGGAUGACUUACUGCUGGUAAGUUCUGCAGAAGCCCGCCGUUCUGCUGCCAUUCUCGCUACAGAGACACACAAUGAAGCAACUCAAACCCCACUACCGACCUCUGUUGCCGACGAUGCAGCAUUGCGCACACUUGAUGGUUCCAUGAAGUGUGUCUUGAACACACGUACUUCGCGCAUCAUCGAUACCUCACUGGAAGGGUUGCUACGUACGUUUCCUGCGAACAACAUGACAUUGAUGACGAUGAGUGGUGCCAAGGGCUCGCUUGUCAAUGCCUCACAGAUCUCUGGUGCUCUCGGGCAACAAGAACUCGAGGGUCGUCGUGUUCCGCUAAUGGCUUCUGCCAAGACACUGCCCUGUUUUGCGCCCUGGGAUUUGGGCUCAAGAGCUGGCGGUUAUAUUUCGCAGCGCUUUCUCUCAGGAAUCCGUGUUCCUGAAUUCUAUUUCCACUGCAUGGCUGGAAGAGAGGGGCUCAUCGACACUGCCGUCAAAACCUCGCGCUCUGGUUAUUUGCAACGCUGCCUUGUCAAGCACCUGGAGUCUCUGCGUGUACACUACGAUGGCACAGUACGAGAUGUUGAUGGCACAGUCAUUCAGUUCUUGUACGGUGAAGAUGGCAUUGACGUGGGACGGUCUAUGGCGUUGACGCGCUUCCAUCUUAUGUCACAAAAUGUCGCAGCAUUGAUAUCCAAAUGGGCGCCAGCAGAGGCAUUGAUGCGCCUUGACACACGAAGCGCGCCGAGAUGGCAGCGGCGUCGCGAAAAACGUAUUCUUACAGCAGGUUCUGACGCUCCUGUCGUCAUUUCAGCGGCCUCGCCCUGGAUUUCUCUGGGUGCCGUUUCAGAACGCUUCUCAGAUGAGCUUGAAUGUUGGAUCAAGAGCGUGGGUCUAGAGAAGGCCUCCUCUCUCAAAGAUCCCUCGGCGUUGACAGCUGACCAAUUCCGCGUCUUGAUGUGGUUACGCUACAUGCGCUCGUUGGUAGAACCUGGCGAGAUGGUUGGUGUGCUUGCAGCACAAUCUGUUGGCGAGCCUUCGACACAGAUGACACUGAACACGUUUCAUUUUGCAGGUUUUGGUGCUAAAAACGUGACAUUGGGAAUUCCCCGGUUGCGAGAAAUCGUAAUGACGGCAUCUCGGAGAAUUAAGACGCCUACGAUGAUGGUACCCUUCAGAAAAGAUGUCGACAUAGCUCGCGCUCAGAGGCUAGCAGCUCGCGCUACUCGUCGUACGCUUGCUUGUUUGCUCACGUCAAAGAGAGAAACGGGCAUCCCGCAUCGCAAGUCAACCGAUAGCUUGAUGUCCGACGGUGAUUGCGAUUCGCCUUUAUUUGGAGCCUUAUCUACAGCUCCUCUUUCGGUGACAGAACGUAUUACGUGCACUAAUGGCACGAGGAAAGGCAACUCUGUAUCGUACCGGCAACGGGUCUAUAGUGUGCAACUGCAGUUUUUGUCUGCAGUACAGCUAUCUGGGGCUGAGUUUUGCAUCAGUGAGACAGAGAUGGUAACCGCAAUUAAGGAUACAUUCUCAUCCCUAUUGCUAGAAUAUAUUCGUAAACAGUUCAAGAAGGGCUCGAUCCGCAAUCUGCGCCGAAAUCUUGUCAUAAAUCAGGCAGCGCUCUCUGCAGAAGAACAUUUACGCACAGGUUUCGGGGCCACGAAUAGCACAGAAGAUGUCUCAAUAGAGGAAGCCGCUGCAGGAAAUGCAAAUCUUUCUCCCAAAGCAGCUGAAGACGCAUCAUCAAGUAGCGAUGAAGAUCUUGAAGAAAGCGACGUUGAUGAUCCCGUUUAUGGUGGCAGCAGACUGAAGGGAAGUGAUGAAGAACGCGAGGAAGAUGACGCUACGACCGUCGUCACCAUGGGUACUAUCGACUAUUCCGAUCCAGACACUGAUACAAACUCUGAUUCGGGAGAUGAUGAUGGCCGCUCGGGUACCACCAGCAUUUCUUCUAUGGCAGCACUUGUUGCUACCAAGCGGGCAAAGUCAGACCCAGACGCCAAAGCACCUGAAGAAGGGAUAGAGAAUUUUUCCUAUCACUACGAAACAGGACGUUGCAGCUUCGAAUUCCGGUAUGCAGUUUCGCAGCCAAAACUUUUCCUGCUGCCGAUUUUGGAGAGAUUGUUGGCGCGAGUGAUUGUCCGCGAGAUUCCUUCCAUUGACCGUUGCUUUCUCUCGGAAGAAGAAGAAGAGGCAUCCUGUCAUUUGCUACUCACUACGGAGGGUGUCAAUUUUAUGGGCCUUGCCGCGAUGGAUAUUUCUAUGGAUUCCAAAACCAUACUUCAUGGGUCUCUGGCCACCAGUGAUGACCAGGAAACCCUUCUUGACAUGAAUAGCCUCUAUUCAAAUGAUGUUGGAGCCAUCCUGGCAAUGUAUGGUGUUGAAGCUGCCCGUGCAGUAAUUAUUAAGGAGAUUGCUGCAGUCUUUGGUGUCUAUAGCAUCUCUGUAGAUGCACGUCACUUGACGCUUAUCGCAGAUUAUAUGACAUUUGAAGGCGGUUACCGUGCCAUGAACCGUACAGGGCUAAUAUCCUCCACCAGCCCGUUGCUAAAAAUGACCUUCGAAAGCACCUUUGGAUAUUUGAAGACGGCUUCACUAUUCAGUGAGGAGGAUUCAUUGCGAGGCCCCUCUUCUCGUUUAGUAUUUGGUCAAGUUACAGAAAUCGGCACCGGGUGUAUGGAGAUUGUCCAGCCCGUUCUUUAG